UGUGCAGAUGACGUGAGUUAUUGUUUAGUGCAGGAAAUUUUCUUUUUGGCUUCGAUCUGUCUACAGACAUGGAUUUAUUCUCUUUUUUACUAAGUACUUUUGUUUUUACAGCUGUACUUAAGGAGCCUACUACAAAUUCUGGGAAUUUCACAACCGUCGUUCCUGGAUAUGAGCUGCCUGAUCGUCAAUUUGAGAAUGUUGCAGUCUUCAGUCAAGUAUCGAAAGCAUCAUUGACUGUACAUAAUACCCCAGUAUCUGCUGACAUGGGGGACUUCACUGAACAGUAUGACGAACAUGAUUUGACCAAGGAGACUACAGUUAUUCAGACCACUAACACACUGAGAUCUGAAGUGGAAACUGUGGAGCAUAUCCAAAUGUAUACCACAGACACAUUUGUUGCUGGAAUGAGACACCUCAAACAAGGUUAUGAUGAGUACAGUGUGACAACAGAACAAGCUGAAAUGGGCACACUUACCCCUCAAUCAGAGGGCAAUACAACAGUAGGAAAUGACACAUCAGUAUUACAUAUGGAAAACAAGCCGUUGUGUGUAUCUACCAAUUUUCUCAAAUUAACCACAAUCAUGAUAAUAUUACUCGGUGCUGCUCUAAUCAUAGCAUCUACCUGGAGAAUGUGGAGCUACUAUUUUAGAUUCCUCUCUGUUGAGUAUAAUAUUAAAUACACAAUCCAGUAUAGUAAUGGAGAAUUCCUUACUGUCGAAUAUCUUGAUACAGUUACUGUUUAGAGUCCUUAAAAUUCCCCCUCCACACACUUAUCCAUCACACACCCAGAAACAAACACCUCCUCUCCUCUGCUCCACCACGCUUAGUUUUUGAUCCCCUCUCAUCCUCUAUCCUUCUGCCCCUAUCCAUACUUUCUGAUUGAUUCAUUACUGCAUAUGUAAACACUCACACAUGUCCCCCCUCAACACACACGAAAAUAUACGAAAUUCGAAAAUCCUCUUCAGUCAACAACAGUGUUAUAGGGGAUACAGUUACGUUCAAUUUCUUUGACCCUUGUAUCACAGAGAACAAUUGUACUUCUGAAAUCUGCAUUAUACUAGCUAAAUUAAGUGUAUGUGAAGUGAAUUAUGAUGUGAAGAGUGUAAUUUUCUGGGGGUAUCACAUGAGCACCUAGUAUUCUGUCUAGUCAAUGUUACCACCUGCACGUUUCUAAAUUACCCUUGUCCAGUUCAUGAAAACGGAGAAUAUAGGUAAACUAACAAUUUCAGGUGAAUAUGAGAUUGUCACACAACGUGUUACACAAAGCAAAUGACUGUUUGACUAAAG